UUCUUUCCCCAUCUUCUCGUUCUUCUUCCUCUCGAGCAAUUCCUCUGUUUCUUCCUCUCGGGCGAUAUGUCGACCUCCUCGUCAGCCCCCCGUUCCACGUGGCCGGUGUAUGGUCCAGUGCCGAUGACUCGAUGCACUGACUGCCCACGGACUACGCCACUGAAGCGGUUGACUUCGAAGGAGGAGGAGAAUGGGAACUUUGGGCGCGAGUUCGUCAAAUGCGAGAGCAAGCCGGAGGGGCAGAUCGUGAAGAAAUGCCACCAUUUCGAGUGGAUGGAUGAUUACAUCCAGAGGCUUCAAGGGUUGGGCUUGCUGGAUUCGAGGGGGAAUGCAAUCCGCGAGUUUAAUCUGACCCAUGACAGUGCCGCUCCGGCAGCAGCAGCGCGUCCGGAAUACCCGACGGUGGUAGAUGUCGAACUGAAGACGGAAUUGAAGAAGAUGAACAAGAACUUCAAGCAGCUAAUUGAGUUGAAGAAGCAAUCCAAUCUGAUAGCUUUAGCAAUACUUGCUCUAGGAAUUUUUUACUUGAUGGCCAUCUCUCGUUAGAGAUGUUUGUCUACUGUUGUUGCCACUGUUUAGCAAUCCAAGUCUGUUUAUCUCAAAUGCAACUCUGUUUAGUGCAACUGUCGAUCUCUGAAUGUUUGCAGUUUACUGUUAAGUUUCGACACUUUCAGUUUCGGUAGAAGACAACUACCAGUUCAGUGAUAGGAUUAUUUUGUUAGCUAAUAA